AUGUUACUACCGCAGAAGGGGAUCGGAUUUUCAGUCGUUUUGUUUAUACUGACUGUACUGCUUGUAGCACUCGUGUGUAAAGAUAUCCCAUUAUCUCCAUUGUUCCGGCUGUUUCAUCGUGACAACGACAUACUGUUUAAACAAGCAUCAGAAUCUAACAACUUGAGACUUCAGAAAGCAACACGAUACUUUAAAUCAAAGAAACCUGCCGAUUCAUUGGAAUUUUAUAACAGAGAGUUGAAAGGUCAAGUGGACAUUGCUAUUGCCAUAGUUACUGUCAAACGGAAGACCGAAAAGAAUCUUACUAUGGGGUACCUGAUACAAACAGCAGCAGCACUGGAUAAGAUUGUGAAAAGUCAGACCACAUUCUUGAAUAUUCAUUUAUUUCUUUGUAAUACUGACACCACAGAUUCAGAUCAUACUGAGGCAGAAUCCAUGUCGUUAUACAUUCCGAUGGUUACAAAAAGCAGUCACCAAUCAAAUAAACGCAAUAAACAAACAGACAUGCGUAGAAAGGAAGCAAGAGAUUAUAUAUAUUGUCUAGUUCAAGCUAGAUCAAUGGCACCAAAGUAUGUAUUGAUGGUGGAAGACGACUCCAUACCAACCGAAAAUUUUCUUGAUGUUAUUCAACAUUCCUUACAACAAAUAGGUAAUCGUAAGUUUGCCUACUUAAAACUGUUUUAUCCUCUGAAGUGGCAAGGAUUUGCAUUUGAAAUCUCACGACUUUUAGAGCUGUUGUGUUUCGGAGCCAUAGGAGGAUCCAUCUCCCUGGUAUUUCAUUAUUUUUGUCUUCUAAACAGACGAAGAAAAUAUUCACAAAAUGUUCAAUUUACUUUAGGUUUGUUGUUGACUAUGGUUGUGGUUUACCUGCUUGGACGACAGAAUAUCAUGACCUUGCGGACAUUUUCACUCGACCUUUACUCCCUAAAACCAUCACCGGCAUGCUGUACACCUGCUAUGUUAUAUCCUGUGGAUACGAUUCAAACACUCACAGAUUUUCUCAAUCAUUCCCAGAAACACAAAAGUCGAGUACACCUCGACCUUCAAAUCUACAAUUUUACUCAGAUAUAUAAUUUACCUGGAUAUUUAAUAGAACCAAAUUUAUUUCGACACAUUGGAAUGAUUUCGUCCCUGUCAUCGUCGAUAAAACAUCCAGAGGAGUUCCUAUGA